GCCCACCUCCUUCCCGGGCUAUAAGAGGGCGGGCGGCUCGCUGCGAGCAUCCCCUGCUCCGCGCCGAGCCGUCGGACAGACUCGGGCAGCCGGCGUCCCCGGGCGAGCAAGAUGCUGCCGAUAGCCAAGAGCUUGAAACAGGGCAAAAGGGGUAUUCUAGAGCGCUUAGAUUCUGGAGAAGUUGUGAUUGGAGAUGGAGGAUUUGUCUUUGCCCUUGAAAAGAGGGGAUAUGUAAAAGCUGGGCCUUGGACUCCUGAAGCAACAGUAGAACACCCAGAAGCAGUUCGUCAGCUUCACCGGGAAUUCCUCAGAGCUGGAUCCAACGUUCUGCAGACAUUCACCUUUUAUGCCAGUGAAGACAAACUAGAGAACAGAGGCAAUUAUGUAGCUGAGAAAAUAACUUGCCAGAAAGUGAAUGAAGCUGCUUGUGACAUUGCAAAAGAAGUGGCUACUGAAGGUGAUGCUUUAGUGGCUGGAGGAGUCAGUCAAACACCAUCAUACUUAAGCUGCAAGGAUAAAGCAGAGGUUAAAGCAGUUUUUCGAAAGCAACUAGAUGUCUUCGUGAAGAAGAAUGUGGACUUCUUAAUUGCAGAGUAUUUUGAGCAUGUUGAAGAAGCUGUCUGGGCAGUUGAAGUCCUGAAAGAAUCUGGCAAGCCAGUUGCAGCUACGAUGUGCAUUGGUCCAGAAGGGGACAUGCAUGGCGUGCCCCCAGGACAGUGUGCUGUCCAACUGGUAAAGGCUGGUGCUUCUAUUGUGGGAGUCAACUGCCAUUUUGAUGCAGAUACUUGUCUGGAAACUGUGAAACUGAUGAAAGAGGGCUUGCAGGCUGCUAAACUGAAAGCCCACCUGAUGUCUCAACCACUUGCUUUCCAUACACCUGAUUGUGGGAAGCAGGGAUUUAUUGAUCUUCCCGAAUUUCCAUUUGCUCUGGAGCCAAGAAUUGUCAGUAGAUGGGAUGUUCAAAAAUAUGCAAGAAAGGCCUAUGACUUAGGCAUUCGUUACAUUGGAGGCUGCUGUGGAUUUGAGCCAUACCACAUCCGAGCAAUAGCUGAGGAACUGGCUCCUGAAAGGGGAUUUUUGCCAGAAGCUUCUGAGAAACAUGGUAGCUGGGGCAAUAGUCUGAGCAUGCAUACCAAACCCUGGGUCAGAGCAAGGGCAAGAAAAGAGUACUGGGAGAAUUUGAGGCCUGCCUCAGGCAGGCCAUAUUGUCCUUCAUUGUCAAAGCCAGACGGCUGGGGAGUGACCAAAGGAGCCAAGGAGCUGAUGCAGCAGAAAGAAGCAACAACUGAACAGCAGUUGAAGGAGCUCUUCCAGAAACAGAAGUUCUAAUCCACUGCAGUUGUCUGAAUGUUAGGAUGUUAGAACAUUUCAUGCUUCAUGAGAAAAUCUGUGAAGAUGAAUACCCUGUUAAUUUAUCAGUUAACAUGUAAUGAAAGAGACAAAAUGCAUAGAGAAUGUGAUUAUAGAUUAAAUAUAUGAAGCUUUGAUAAUAAAGUCUUUCUCUGGUCAAA